UUAGGAAACAAGAAUCCAAUACACUCAGUCAAUUCUCUAUAUAAAUACACUUCACUUUCACAGUAUUGUACUAAAUUGUAGAUUUCUUCAUUUGCUCAAUUAGCCAUGGCAAAACAAUACAGUAUUCCUUUCUAUGAACGGCUUUUCUUUGCUACUUCUACCUUCUUACUUUUCGUCCCCACAUUAUUAGCAGAAAAGGACAAUUAUAUUGUCCGCAUGGACUCAUCAGCCAUGCCCAAAGCUUUCUCUGCCCACCAUAGUUGGCACUUGGCCACUCUUUCCUCUGUUUUUGAAGUUUCUAAAAGCAGAAGCUCCGUUAGUACCGCUACCACUGCUGCAGCCAAACCUUCUAAGCUUCUAUAUAGUUAUACUCAUGUUAUUGAUGGUUUCAGCGCUCAUCUUUCUCCUGCUGAGCACGAGAUCUUGAAAAACUCCACAGGCUAUAUUUCUUCUAUUAAAGAUCUCCCUGUUAAACCUGACACAACUCGUUCACCAUCAUAUCUUGGCCUUACAUCCAACUCUGAAGCUUGGAAGUUGUCUAAUUAUGGUGAAAGUAUCAUUAUCGGAGUGAUAGAUAGUGGCGUAUGGCCGGAAAGUGAGAGUUUUAGUGACAACGGAAUGCCAAGAAUUCCCAAAAGGUGGAAAGGAAAAUGUGAAAGUGGCGUCCAAUUCAACUCCUCAUUAUGCAACAACAAACUAAUUGGUGCUCGUUUUUACAACAAAGGGCUGAUUGCCAAAUGGAACACCACUAUAUCAAUGAAUUCUACACGUGACACGGAGGGCCAUGGAACCCACACGUCGAGCACGGCGGCCGGGAAUUUUGUAAGAAAUGUAUCAUACUUUGGCUAUGCACCUGGAACUGCCAGUGGAGUGGCUCCGCGUGCUCAUAUUGCCAUGUAUAAGGCCUUGUGGCAAGAAGGUUCUUAUACAUCUGAUAUAAUUGCUGCAAUUGAUCAAGCAAUUAUUGAUGGAGUUGAUAUUCUGUCUAUUUCAUUGGGAUUGGAUGACCUAGCUUUGUACGAAGACCCUGUUGCUUUGGCAACAUUUGCAGCUGUGGAGAAAAAUAUAUUUGUGUCCGCAUCUGCGGGAAACCGCGGGCCUUUUCGUGGUGCACUCCAUAAUGGCAUGCCUUGGGUAACAACUAUUGCUGCUGGUACUGUAGACCGUGAAUUUGAGGCAGUUCUGAAACUUGGAAAUGGAGUUUCAGUAACUGGUUUAUCUCUCUAUCCAGGGAAUUAUACUACUUCUAGGCAAGUCCCAAUGGUGUUUAAAGGUAAAUGUUUGGACAAUGAAGACUUGCUUAAUGUUGGGGGAUACAUUGUAGUUUGCGAAGAGGAGUAUGGCAACUUACAUGACUUGGAGGACCAAUAUGAUAACGUCCGCGAUACUAAAAACGUCACUGGAGGAAUUUUCAUAACCAAAUCUAUAGACCUUGAAAACUAUAUCCAAAGCCGAUUUCCAGCAAUUUUUAUGAAUUUAAAAGAUGGAAUAAAGAUCAAGGAUUACAUCAACAGCACCACUAAGCCACAAGCAAGCAUGGAGUUCAAGAAAACAACUGUUGGUGUUAAAUCAGCUCCAAGCCUUACUAGCUAUAGCUCUAGAGGACCAUCCUUAGCCUGCCCAUCUGUCCUGAAGCCUGACAUUAUGGCUCCUGGUUCUCUUAUCUUAGCAGCAUGGCCUGAAAAUAUAAUAGUGGAUCGUAUCGAUGAUCAGGAAAUAUUCAACAACUUCAAUCUACAAUCAGGUACAUCCAUGGCUUGCCCGCACGUAGCAGGAAUAGCAGCACUCUUGAAAAAGGCACAUCCCGAUUGGAGUCCUGCCGCUAUUCGUUCAGCAAUGAUGACUACUGCUGAUACCAUGACUCAAGCCAAAGAGCCAAUUAGAGAUAUUGAUUAUGGGCGGCAGCCUGCUACUCCUUUAGACAUGGGAUCUGGCCAGAUCAAUCCUAACAAAGCAUUAGACCCAGGUCUAAUAUAUGACGCGAACUUAACUAGCUACAUUAAUUUUCUCUGUGCAUUAAAUUUGACCCAAAAACAAAUACAAACUAUCACAAAAUCUCCUAAUAAUGAUUGUUCUUCCCCAUCAUCAGACCUAAACUACCCCUCUUUUCUCGCUUACUUCAAUGCCGAUAGCUCUGAAGCCAAUUUGACCGCUGUUCAAGAAUAUCACAGGACAGUAACCAAUGUUGGAGAUCCAGUGUCUACUUACACUGCCAAUUUGACACCCAUUAAUGGAAUAAAAGCAAGUGUGGUCCCAAACAAGUUGGUUUUUAAAGCCAAGUACGAGAAGCUAAGCUACAAACUGAGCAUACAAGGUCCCAAUCCGGUCCCGGAAGAUGUAGUUUUUGGUUACCUAAGCUGGGUUGACUCAAAGGGUAAAUAUGUUGUCAAGAGUCCCAUAACAGUCACAAGCCUGAAAUAUUUUGACGUUGAUGAUUAGAUGUGAUUCACUUAGAUUUGUAGUUAACCAAUGCUGUCGAAUUUAGAAUAAAACAUAAAACUGUCCAUCGUAACUAAACUUGCAGUUGAUGAUGGAGACUUCAACUUAA